AUGGCAAGCUCAAGUGAAGCACCUGAUUAUGAUCCCAAGACUGAUCCAGCAAGGAAAGCAAAGUCCAAUGAUCCAGGCUGGAAAUAUGCCUACUGGCAGGACCCUGCUAGGAGAGACUGGGUGACAUGUAUCCUGUGUGGAAAUGAGGCUUCAGGAGGCAUAAAGAGGUUCAAGCAACAUUUGGCUGGUGGAUAUGGAGAUAUUGUCCUUUGUCCAAAAGUUACCACUGAAAUCAGGAAAGAGAUGGAAGCUUACUUGCAAAAGAAAAGAAGAAGGCCUUUGUUCUUGGAUGGUAUUGAGGAAGAAGAUGGGGAAGAUGAAGUUGUGGCGGUGGCAGCAGCAGAUGGGGGUGCAACACCAAAACCGGCUGCAAAACCAAGUUCUGGGACAGCCGCCAAGAGAAGGCAUGCUAUCUAUCAAUUCAAGGCUUCAAGACCUAGCAAUGGCAAUUCAACACCAAAGACACCAAAGACAACAAAGUCUGUUGUUGCUAUGCUUAGAAGAACUCCUGAAAAGAUAGUAGAUCAAAGGCGUGCAAAGGACUUUCAACCCACCAUUGAGUCCAGCACAAAGACUGAGGAGAAGCAAUAUGUGGAUUUGCAAUGGGCACUAUGGUUUAUGGAGUGUGGUGUAUCCUUUAAUGCAUCAAAUUCAAGGCAAUUUGAAAUUGCCUGUGAGGCAACAGCCCAAUAUGGUUCAGGGUACAAGCCUCCAACUAACCAACAGCUUGGUGAACCUUUGCUUCAAGAAUGUGUUAAGGUGACAAGUGCCAUGAGGAAGGACCAUGAGCAGGCCUGGAAGCAAUAUGGUUGUACACUAAUGUCAGAUGGAUGGACUGAUAUGAGAGGGCGCCACUUGAUUAAUUUUCUUGUGAACAGCCCUGAGGGAACAUACUUUUUGGAGUCAGUUGAUGCAUCAAGUCAAGUUCAUAGUGCAACAAUGUUAGCUGAUUUGUUACAGGAGAAGAUUGAGGACAUUGGAAAGGACAAUGUUGUUCAAGUUGUGACCGACAAUGGCGCUAACUACAAGGCUGCUGGUAAGAUUUUGAUGGAUAGGAUUCCCAAACUGUUUUGGAGUCCUUGUGCUGCACAUUGCUUGGAUCUGAUGUUGGAAGAAAUUGGGAACUUGAAGGCAUUUAAGAAACCUAUUGCACGUGCAAGGCGUGUCACCACAUUCAUUUAUAGGCAUGGGAGGCUUCUUAGUGCAAUGAGGGCUCAAACAGGUGGGAAUGAUCUUGUUAGGGCAGCAAAGACUCGAUUUGCCACAUCAUUUCUGACAUUGAAGAGUUUGUACAAGAACAAGGAUGCCUUGAAGAGCUUGUUUGUUAGUGAAGCAUGGAUUGGGAACAACUUGUGUACAACUACAGCAGCCCCACUCUUAAUUGUUUUGAGGGCUGUUGAUGGUGAUGAGAAGCCUGCAAUGCCAGAGGUCACAGCUCUAAUGAAUCAUGCAAAAGAUAGGAUAAAGCUCAGCUUCAAUAUAUCAACCAAGCAGGGACUGCUCAAGCGUAUCAUGGACAUUAUUGAGAAGCGUUGGGUGAACCAAAUGGAGCAUCCAUUGUAUGGGGCUGCACUAUAUUUGAACCCAGGAAAAUUUUAUCCUCUUGUAAAAGCUAAUGAUGAUGCCACUGUUGUGCAGCUAAGAGGUUGUUUUAUUGAAGUGCUUGGAAGAAUGAUACCAGAUGUGGAAACACAAAUGAAGAUCAAUAGGCACGCCAUUGAGUAUGAAGAGCAACGUAGAGAUGCCUUCUCAAACAAAAUGGCAAAGGAAAACUAUGACAAAAUGAGCCCUCUUGAUUGGUGGCAUUCUUAUGGUGGCCGAGCCAUUGAACUACAAAGACUUGUUAAGCGUAUAGUUAGUCUUUGUGCUUCAUCAUCUGGUUGUGAGAGAUGCUGGAGUACCUUCAAUUUUAUGCAUACAAAGAAAAGGAAUAGGCUGUUGCACAAGAGAUUGAAUGAUAUUGUUUUUGUUUCAUACAAUCGGAAGAUGAGAACAAGGUUUCAGCUUAUGCGUGAGAAGGCAGGCAAGAAAUAUGACCCUUUGGUCAUUGAGGAGUUUGAUUGGGACAAUGAAUGGGCUGAUUCAUUGCAUGUGCCCAUUCCGGGUGCUCGAGGGUCUGAUGCUGUCAAUGAGCUCACAUGGCAGCAUGUUGAUGAAGCCACCGGUGCAUCACAAGCGCUGCAGGGUCGUAAUCUUCCUAGGAGAGCUACUGCUACUCAAUAUUAUAGUCGUUCAAGAAAUGUUCCUGUUCCUACUACUGCUACUGAAGAUGGAGAAGAGGAAGAUGAAGUUGAAGACCCACAUGAUGAUGCGGAAGUGAGCGAGUGUGAAGAAGAUGGCAAUGUUCUUGCUACUGAAGAAGACAAGGCUGUUGAUCCUGAUGAGUUUGAUGAUGGAUUUUGA